GAAUUUGUUCAGUCUCAAUUCAGGAAGUGUCUAAAAACAAAUGUUGCUACAUCUGUAAGUUGACGACCGAACAGAAAUAGGAACUUUGCAAAGCAGCUGCAGAAGGGCACUUGCAUGGAAACCGCACGGGUAUAUUUCGCACAUCUUUUUUGAAGCAGUGCGGGUGCAGAGGAGCUUGUGAAGAUGAGCGACUCACUUGAGUGGACGACAGAGUGCCCCUUGUCUCUCGUCGGGGAUGACCCGUGCCCAGAGAGGGAGAGUGGCACAGAGUACCACUGGGAAGAUGGAGGCCUGCCCGCGGCGCUGCAGAGAGGCAUGGAGGACUUGCAAAUUAACCUUGAGCUGAUCGACGUGGUCGUGUGUGUUCAAGGACAUGAGUUCCCUUGCCACAGAGCCAUCCUUGCUGCGGCCAGUCAAUACUUCAGGGCCAUGUUUUGCAGUGGUUUGAGGGAGAGUCACGAAGCAAAGGUGGAAAUGAAAGGACUGGGCAGUGAGACCAUGCAAACUCUCCUGCAAUAUACGUACACCAGCCAGGCCAUCCUCACUCAGUCAAACGUGCAUGAUGUACUGGAAGCAGCCAGUCAGUUCCAGUUCCUGCGUGUGGUGGAUGCAUGUGUUGGUUACCUGAGCAGAUCCCUCACCUCGGAUACUUGCAUUGGCGUUUUAAACCUGGCGGAUCGGUACGCCCUUCCCACUCUGAAGACCAAGGCUCAGGACUACAUCGUCUCUCACUUUUCCCAGGUAGUUAGGCAGCAGGACUUUUUGGAUGUGGCGGCCGAGUCACUGGAGAUCAUCCUGCAGCGGGACGAUCUGGACGUGAGAUACGAGGAGUGUGUUUUCGAGGGUCUCAUGCGCUGGGUGCGUGCUGAGCAGGAAGAGCGACGCCACUUACUGGCCAGGUUGCUUUCGCACGUGCGACUGCCGUUGUUGGAGCCGGCGUACUUUGUGGACAAGGUGGAAGGAGAUGAUCUGAUCCGCAGCUGCGGCGAGAGUUUUCCUCUGCUGCAGGAGGCCCGAAUCUUUCACCUCUCUGGAAGGGAGGUGGUUUCAGAACGAACCAAACCGCGCAUGCGGCACUUCCUGUCAGAGGUGUUCCUCAUCAUCGGCGGCCGCACCAAAGACGACCGCUUCAUUUCCACUGUCACAUGUUUGGACCCACUCAGACGCAGUAGGCUCGAGGUUUCGAGGCUACCGGGCACAGGCAUGGAGGUGGAGGCCCAGAACAGGAAAUGGGUGGAAUUUGCUUGCACUGCCUUUCGCAAUGAACUUUAUAUAUCUGGAGGUAAAGAGACCCAAACAGAUGUUUGGAAAUACAACGGAGCUCUUGACAAGUGGAUCCAGAUCGAGUCUCUGACGACCGGCCGAUGGAGGCACAAGAUGGCCGUCCAAGGGGGGCGGGUGUACGCACUGGGUGGGUUCGAUGGCGUGCGUAGGCUCGAUUCCGUAGAGGCUUAUGACCCUUUUCACAACCGCUGGACACAGGUGACGCCACUCACAGUGGGUGUGAGCUCCUUUGCUGCCACGGGCUUCGACAAGUGGAUCUUCGUUAUUGGCGGUGGGCCCAACGGAAAGCUGGCGACCAAUGUGGUUCAAUGCUGGGAACCCGGAACCGACUUGUGGGAGCUGCGGGCGCCAAUUCCCAUUGAAACAAAGUGCACUAAUGCUGUCAGCUUCAAGAAAUGCAUCUAUGUAGUUGGUGGGGCCAUGCACACCAUGUAUUGCUACACCCCUGAGUCAGACUCCUGGUCCGGUGUGAUCCUUCUGGGUCAAAGGGCGAGCUGUGCCAUCGCUGCCUGCAACAACAAACUCUUCAUCACAGGAGGCCGCAAUAACAAGAACCAUGUCAUCUCCACGGUCAUGUGCUGGGAUGAUGAUGAUGGCGUUUUGUCAGAAGAAUGCGCCUUGCCCAUGGGCGUUUCUCACCACGGCAGUGUAACACUGUUGAAGUCCUACACACACAUGCAAAAGGUAGCACCGGUGACCGACUGCCAAAGAAUUUGAAAAGAACGCUAUCGUGUGUCUGCUGAGAGGCAUGCAUUAUUACGAGUGACCAUCAUUACAGGUUACAGGUUUUCUAACUUAAAUUGAGACAAGGCAAAUACAUUCCUGUAGAAGAAAAAAAAAAAUGCCCCAACGAGAAUUGACGGUUAGAUUGCUGUAUGCUCUAUUUGUAUAUGUGCCGCUGCAUGUGUGUAAUUUUUGUUAGCCAGUGUUUUGCAUCUGGGGUAGGGAACUCCGGUUCCUCGAGAGCCAUAUCCUGCCUGUUUUAGAUCCCACCCUACUCCAACACACC